CGGGGCGGGCCUUCGAUGAGGUCAUCGGAGUAAACAGAAAAGAUGGCGACGCCAUACACGGGAGAUCGAGUUUUAGGGACAAAUGUGGUUACCUCAGGACGUUUCUCCAAGCAGCUGAUCGAUUUACCGGCGGAGAUAUUAGAGCAUAUACUGUGCUUCCCCGUUUUAAACCCUGUCGACAUUUGCAACGUUUCCAGCACGUGCAAGAGGCUACAUGACGUGUGCCAUGGCAGGGGAAAGGUCUGGGCUCAUCAGUACAAACUCAGAUGGCCCAGACUGCAGAGAUUUUACCGGCAGAAUGAAUCAUACGAUUGGCUGAAGGAAUUCAAGACCCGGCACACAGUUGGUCAACAGAUAAGAAGAACAGUAGAGUCCAUUUCCAAAAGGUUCUUCACUGAAGUUCCUUGCAUCGGUCAGGUUCUUGGAGACAGUUUUGCAGAAAUCGAGUCUCUCGGAGCCCCUGAACACUUCUGUGAGGACGAGCUGCUUGGCAUCUUGAACUCGGAUAAAAGGAAGAGUUUGACACUUAAGUACUAUGCAAAGAAAAUCCUGUACUUCUUCCGGCAGCAGAACAUUUUAAGGAAUUUGAAGGUUUUUCUUGAGCGACCACCUGAACAACAAUCAGCUCUGGAGGGUGCUGUUUUGGUGGACCAGUAUUGCAACCCUCUGACUGACGUCACUUUUGAGAGCAUAUCUGCACAGGUAGAAGAAAUCACAGACAAGGUGAAGAAGUGUCUGCGAGCGCAGAACGCCGCACACCCAAGUCUACGAGCCGGUCAAGGUGAAUGCUUCGUUCUGGAAGACUUUGAGUUUCAAAGGCAAGUCAUCUGUGCCGUGAAUGCUGUGCUGUAUGAGCAGUUACAGUACAAGGGCAAUGAGCGAGACUACUACAAUCCACUCAACUCAUACAUACAUCAGGUGCUGCUCCGCAGGACAGGCAUUCCCAUCAGCCUCUCAGUGCUCUACAUGACUCUGGCCAGGAAAUUAGGAGUCCCUCUGGAGCCCGUCAACUUCCCCAACCAUUUCCUGCUGCGCUGGUGCCAAAAUCAGAGGAGGUGUGGUGAUAUCUACGACUAUAUAUACAUUGAUGCGUUUGGGAAUGGGAAGCAGCUGGCUGCUAAAGAGUGUGAGAUUCUGAUCAAACACCAGGCGACAGCAGAUUACUACAGCGCUAUAAGUACCAGCGAGCUUCUGCUGCGGAUGGUGGGAAAUCUGCUGAAUAUCGGCAUGAGAGGGGAAGGGAAUGAGAAAUCAUAUCAGCUCCUGCGGGACUCUCUGGAUCUCUACCUCAGUAUUAACCCUGAUAACGUGCAGUAUCUUCUGCUACAGGCCCGUCUCUAUUUCCACCUGGGCAUCUGGCCAGAGAAAGUGUUGGAUAUUCUCCAGCACAUCCAGGCUCUGGACCCGUCUCAGCAUGGAGCGGUGGGGUAUCUGGUGCAGCACACGCUCGAGCACAUCCAGCAUAAGCGACAUCCAGUGGAGCCGGAGGUGAAAAGACGCAGCGCUCCUGAACACAGAGACGUUCAGUUCUCCACAGGCCUCAUCAUGAAGCAUAAGAGGUCAGGCUACAACUGUGUUAUCUAUGGAUGGGACCCUAAAUGCACCAUGAGUCAGGAGUGGAUUAACACCAUGAGGGUCCAUCAACUGUCUAAAGGGGCUGAUCAGCCGUUCUACAAUGUCCUGGUACAGGACGGGACCUGCAGAUAUGCUGCACAAGAGAAUCUGGAGCCUCACUCUGCGCCACUGGAAAUCGCUCACCCUGAAAUCGGCCGCUACUUCAACGAGUAUUCUGAAACGCACUACAUCUCAAAUGAAGAGCUGCAAGCGCGAUACCCAGAAGACAUGUGUAAAACCAACAGGACAGUAGAGGAGCUUUACCACUCUCUCACCCCAAACUCAGGCCAGUCACCAGAGCCCACCGCCAACUUCCAGGACCACGAUCUGUUAGAUCCCUAGACCAGCACUUAAAAAUUUUCAAACUACUUAUCUUAAAUGAGCAGAAACAACACAAUUCUUUUUAUCUGGGACAACUCAAUUGUUUAACGUUCAAUCCACUUACAUUUGUAAAAACUAAUAAGCUAACCUAAUUCUUUCAUGUUGCCCCAAGACAAGUCGAUUGUGUGGAACCCGGCAUUUUUUACAGUGAGAAUAAACGCAGAACAUAUCCACUUUUUUCAUCAUAACAUCUAAUAGAAGACCCGAUUUCAUAAUUGAAGGAAUUGAUAAAGGGACAGUUCACCCAAAAAUGAAAAUCCAUAUCAUUAUAUACUCAGCCUUCUCUAUUGAACACAAAUAAAGUUCCUUUGAGGAAUGUUGAAAAUCACCAGCCAUUGACUUCCUUAGAGUUGUAUGUUAAUGGCUACUGGUUUUCAACAUUCUUCAAAGUAUCUUCUUUUGUGUUCAUCAGAAAGAAAGAACUCAAACAUGUUCGCAGAAAGAAAAAACAAACUCAUGAAACUGUGGAGGGCAAGUAAUUUUUCAUUUUUGGAUGAACUGUCCCUUUAAAAGCAACAUUUCUAUGCGUUUUGGAUUUAGAGGGGAUUUUAAAGCUCCCCUAGAGUUAAACAGUUGAGUUUUACAAUUUUUUAAUCCAUUCAGCUGAUCUCAGGGUCUAUCCGGAGCACUUUUAGCUUAGCUUAGCAUAGCAUAGAUCAUUGAAUCAGAUAAGGCCAUUAGCAUCUCGCUCAAAAAUGUUCAAAUAGUUUUUUAUGAAUUCUUAUUUAAAAGCUUGACUCUUCUGUGGUAACAUUGUGUACUAAUAAUCAAGGAAAUUUUGUUGCCAUACCAUGGCUGCAGCAGGCGCAAUGAUACUAAGCACCAAUUUUCAUUUUCUUUUGUUCUUAGUUCACAAUUUAAUUACAGAAGAGUCAAUCUUUCAAUAGGAGAAUGAUCAAAACUCUUUUUUUUUUUUUUUUUUUUUUUUGAGCAAGAUGCUAAUGGUCUAAUCAGAUUCAAUGAUCUAUGCUAAGCUAAGCUAAAAAUGUUCCCACCAGAUCGCUGAUGAGCUAACUUAAUUCUUUCAUGUUGCCCCAACACAAAUCGAUUUGUGCGGAACCCGGUAUAUUUUACAUUGUGAAAUAAAAGCAGAACAUUUCCACUUUCUUUCAUCAGAACAUCUAAUAAGAGACCCGAUUUCAUAAUUGAAGGCAUUGAUGAAGAUCCAUGUCAUUAUACUCAGCCUCCACUAUUGAACACAAAAGAAGUUACUUAGAAAAAAACAAAAAGCACUAUGGAAGUCAAUGGCUGUUGAUUUUCAACAUUCUUCUAUGUAUGUUAAUGGUUUCUUCCAACAUUCUUCAAAGUAUCUUCUUUUGUGUUCAUGAGAAAGAAAAAAAAAACUCAAACAUGUUUGCAGAAAGAACAAAAAAAGCCUCAUGAAAAUGUUUUGAGGGCAAGUAAUUUUUCAGUUCUAGAUGAACCGUCUCUUUAAAGCAACACUUCAAUCCUUUUUGCAUUUAGACUCAUUUUAAAGUUGAGUCUUACCAUUUUUUAAUCCAUUCAGAUGAUCUCUGGGUCUAUCGAGAGUUCCUUUAGCUUAGCUUAGCAUAGAUCAUUAAAUCAGAUUAGACCAUUAGCAUCUCACUAACAAUGACUAAAGAGUCUCUAUAAGUUUCCUAUUUAAAGCUUGACUCUUCUGUAGUUACAUUGUAUACUGAGACUAAUGGAAAAUGAAACUGUGUUUUUUUCUAGGCUUAUAUAUCUAGGAACAAUAUUCUCAUUCUGGCGUAACAAUCAAGAGAUUUUGUUGCCAUACCAUGGCUGCAGCAGGCGCAAUGAUAUCAUGCAUCAGUUUUCAUUUUUUGUUGGUCUUAGUGCAAGAUUUAAUUACAGAAAAGUCAAUCUUUCAAUAGGAAAAUGAUCAACUUUUUUUUUUCUUUUUGAGCAAGAUGCUAAUGGUCUAAUCCGAUUCAAUUAUCUAUGCUAAGCUAAGCUAAAAAUGUUCCAAACAAAUCACUGAUAGGCUGAAUGGAUUAAAAACUGGUAAAACUCAAUUGUUUAACUCUAGCAGAGCUGUUUAAUGAGCCUAUUUCUAAACAAAGUGGAGUCUUUAGUCGUAGGUUUUCACAAAUUUGUUAACUUCUGGUCCUAGAUCAGUCUCCCAGGCAAUUUUGACCCAGAGCUGCAAAUGUAGUCUGAGCUGAAAGAAACUACGAGUGUUGUUUUCGAGUGGUGUACAAACGAUGUUACAGUAUUCGUACAAAAUAAGUUACAGUAUUCGUGCAGAUACAAAACUUAGAUGUAUAGACUAUAUAAACUCGCACUACAGAGGGUCUGAAUAUUCAGUUAAAUGUGUUGAAGAUCAUCGUCAGGCCGUCAUUAAUAACUGAACUAAUGCACUAAUAUGUUAAUAAACACACACUUCACGUGAGGAAUAAUGUCUGACACUGUCACCUUGAAAUAUUUUGUAAUGUUUACUUCAGAAUUAUCAAAAUGAAACCUGGAGAACAAGAGCUCGAUGAGUUUGUAGUGGUUGUAAAUAUAAAAGUAUUGAGAAUAUAAGAGAAUGAAUCACAAUAAAAGAAAAAGCCCCAUG